AUGCAAUUCAAUUAUGAUGAUCAAUAUGACAAGAAAAUAGAUGGUUUUGCUGAGUUUGAGUCAGAAUUAGCAAAACUUAGAGAAGAAACAAGUCUAUUAUACAAAAAUGAGUAUGUGAAGGAUUUUUUGGAGAAUUAUCAUUUGGAGUAUAAUCAAGCCAAGGAAAAUAGAAAAGAUCAAAAGAACCAUAAGAAAGGAAAUUUUCAAACAAGAAGUUCUAAGUCUACAACAAACAAGAAAGCAAACAAUCAUCAACCAUAUAGCUAUGAUAUUGAAUGCAAUAAUGAGUAUGAAGAUAAUCAAUACAUUGGGAGUGAGCAUGAAGAGAUGGAUAGUAAAAGGAAUAUAACAAAAAGUUCAAAAGAAAGAAAUCGGGGGAAAAUUAGACAAAGAAAAAGUGAAAAGGAGGAUUUGGUUGAUGGAACUAAUCAUAAUAAUGCGAUUGCUAUAUUUUCAAGAAAAUAUGCUAGUGAAGAUGCUCACGACGAGAAUAAGUAUAUAACUUUGGAUUUAAGCGAGAUAAAAGGAGAUAUAGUAAAAUCACCAAAAAAAAAUGUCAAGUCUAAAGUUUCGGAAACACCCAAAAUAAGCAGGAAGAAAAUGAAUUCAAGUUUAUCAAAGCAGAAUUCAAAAAGUAGUUUUUCAAAAGAGGCAAAAAAACAAACAGUUUCAUUUAGUGAUAAAAAAUUGCUAACCCAGUCAAGAUCGCCAUCUCCAUCAUCUUUACUUCCAUCCUCUUUAGAAAGUUCAGAAGAUGAGUAUACAAAUCAAAUAAACAAGUAUAAGAAGCAUCAUUAUACCAAGAGCGAUGAAAAAAUUAAGUAUUACUUAGACCGCUCUUCUUUUGAAGAUGAUAAUGAAGAGAAUGUGGAAUCUAAUGAUCAAAAUAGUGGCUUAACUGUAAGUAACAAUUUCUUAUCUAGGUUACCAAGCAGUAAUCAGGCUCAAAUAAUAAUGGCAUCCCAAAAGUAUGAUCGAAAUGAAAGAGAUCUUUUGAUGAAAAGGAUCCAGUCAUUGGAGGUAAUUGAGUCUUCUCAAAAGAUGCUCAUUUUGGAAACUCAAAAUAAGGAGCAGCAGUAUAGAAUUAGAAGUGAAGAGCUUCAGAAGCAACUUGAGUACAAAGAUACCAAACUUUUGUUACUAAAUCAAGAUUAUGAUAUCUUAAAGAGGGAUUUUGCAUUUAUAAAAGAUGAAAAGGAAAUGCUCAAGAAAAAGUACACAGAAAUGGAAACUCAUUGGAAUGAAGAAUAUGGGCAUUUAUACAAGUAUAAAAUAGAUUAUGAGAUUUUGAGCAAGCAAAACGAGACCUUAAUGAUAGAAAAAAAUUCUUUUAUUAAUUUGAUUGAGGAAGAUAAAGAAAGGUACAGAAAGAUGGAACUAAAUAAUACAAGCUUAAUGUUGAAUGUUGACAAUUUAGAAAAAAGAAACCAUGAAAUUGUCGAGAGAUGUUCCAAGUUACAAGAAGAUAAUGAUUCUCUGUCGAGAGAGUAUAAUAAACUUUACCAAAAAUAUACUGCUUUAUUAUCAGAAUAUAGUGCAUCCAAAAAGAAUGAAGAGAAUUUAAAUGCAACAGUAGUAGAAUUACAAGAUACUAAUAAAAGGCUCGAUAUUGAAAAUAAAGAUAUGAGGGAAAAGUAUAAAACUUUAUCAGCCACUGAGAGGGUUUUAGAACAGCUUCAGGAGUCUAAUGCCGGGUUAAUUGGUGAAAUUUCUGCAUUAAAGGAGGAAAGAGAUAUAUUAUCAACAGAUUAUAAAAUUUUAGAGAAAAAACAUAAGACUUCAGAAGAAUCUAUACAUGAAAUGAAGAACCAAUUGCUAGAUUUUACUCUUGAAAAUCAAAAAUUGAAAAAAUUAAUUAAACAAACAAUCAUUCCAUUAAUACCGGAUGCUGAAUACAAUUCUACUAUUGGACAUGUACUGACGGUAUUGAAUGCUAAAGAAAACUCCAGGAUGAGUAUUAAAGUAUUGGAGGAGGAAUAUUUGAAUAACACUAAUAACGGUAAAGUAAAAAAUAAGGAAGAGUUGCAGUUAGAGGUUUCAAAAACUUGGAAAGGCAUCGAAAGCCCAUUUUCUCCAAAAAAGAUGACUUAUAUGAUGAAUAGAUUGCCUAUAGACAAUCAGAAUAAUACAGGAAAAAUUUCAUUGUCUCCCAAAUUAGUUAAGACGGCAAGUUUGGAGAAAGAGCCAUUAUCACCUUCAUCAUCUCCAAAAAGUUCCAAGAAUAAAUUUAAGAAUGUGAAUAAAAACAAACAAUCUCCAAAAUCUGCUAAAUAUAAUUUAAAUUUAAAUAGAUUUGAGAAACUAUCACCUAAUAACCAACAUAAUAAGGAUGAGUUAAAAACAAGAUCUUUACCAGUGAUUGAUGGGAGAAAUGGUGAUGAGAAUGUAUUAGUCAUCCCUAAAUUAUAUAAUACAUGUCCUGAUUUAGGCCACGAAGAAAAUGAAAAGAGGAAGAAUGGAAAGCAAGAAGAAAAUAAAGAAGAAAGUUUUAAGAAAGGAGUGCAAGUAUUAACUCCAAGACCUUUAGCGGCGGAUGGAAAUGAUCAUUUAAUACCAGUUGUUUUACCAAAAAGAUUAGAAGGAAAGAUUAAGGAUGUAUUAGAAAAUGAGAAUAAAGUUAUUCCAGUAAUUCCUGAAAGUAUAUCAAGUAUGAAUGAGAAAGAUCAGUAUGAUGAUGACAUUAUAUUAGAGAAGAGUAACGAUCAAAGUUCAUUAGAAUCUACAUCAGAGAAAGAAAAGAAAGACCAUGGGUUAGUAGAUACAAAAGAUAAGGAUCAAUCAAAUAUUAAUGAAAUAGUAAGAAUGAUUGAUAAUUAUGAAAAACAGAUACUACUAUUAAAUGUUGAAAAAGUUCAAUUGGAAGCGGAAUUGACAACGUUACCAAAAGAUAAUUGGUUAAAAAAUGCAAAGGAAAAAGAAAACAAGGAUAAUAUAGAGAGAAGAAUAUUAGAAAUUCAAAAUAGUAUAAUAAAGGCAAGCUCAAAUAUUAAAAAUCUUAAAGAGAAGCAACUUAAAAACAAGGACAGUACUAUUAGUAAUCAUAAGCAACUGCACCAUAAUAAUAAUCAUCGUAAUAACCAUAAUCAUCAUAAUCAUCAUAAUCAUCAUAAUCAUCAUCGUCAUAAUAACAAUAAUCAUAGUAAUGGCAAUAAUAACAAAAAUCAGAAUUGA